CUCUCUCUCUUUCUCUCUCCACGAAAUGACAUCUUCUCUCUCUCAUUUUCUAAACUUUCACUUUCAAAAAUCAAAAUGCAAUAGAAUAAUCGCCGGUGAUGAUUGACGCGGGCGAUGUGACUCAGCCGGAGGUCGGAUUCAUCUUCCGUGAACGGACACCGCGUGCUCAUCGAUGACAGACGUUUACCGGAGAAUGAAAAAAGACGAAAAUGACGAUUCCCCAGCGAAAUGCCGUGACCGCCGCCGCCGGAGAAUCGAGAUGAGGCGGCUAGCGGCUGUCGCCGGAGACGCUUCGUUGCCGCCGUCGAACCAUAGCCGCGUAGACAACAAUCAUCUCCAGACGUCCGACUGUGUUCCGGAGGCAAAGCGCGUUCGCAGCGCGGAGAUGAAGGAUUUUCCGACGCCACCGUCCUCGGCGUCUUCCAGCGAUGCGGCGGAGGCGGCUCCACCGGAGGCGACAGCGCCAGCGACCCUCGCCGAGCCCGUUUUCGGGACAAUGUCGUUGUCGGGGCGUUCACGGGAGAUGGAAGACGCGGUGGCCGUACGGAUGAGACUUUGCUUGCCGGAGAUAUGCCGGUGGCAACCGGUGCACUUCUUUGCUGUGUACGACGGUCAUGGAGGGUCUCACGUUGCCGAGUUGUGCAGGGAGAGGAUGCACGUGUACGUGGAAGAAGAGCUCAUGCGCGUGUGCGACAAGCAAGGGAGUGAGACUUGCGGUGGCGGGAGCUCGUCGGAGGAAGAAGAGUGGUGGCGGACGGCGUUGAAGAGAUGCUUCAACAGAAUGGACGAAACGGCGCUUAACACGUGUCCGUGUGGUAGCGCGGGUUACCAAUGCGGGUGCCAUCCAAUGGAGGCGGCGCUGGCGGGGUCCACAGCGGUGGUGGCGAUUCUAACGCCUGAGGACAUCAUUGUGGCGAACUGCGGCGACUCACGCGCCGUCCUCAGCCGCGGCGGCAGGGCCGUCCCGCUCUCUUCCGAUCACAAGCCAGACCGAUCAGAUGAACUUGCAAGGAUUAAGUCAGCUGGGGGCCGUGUCAUUUUUGUGAAUGGAGCACGGGUUGAAGGAAUUCUCGCCAUGUCUCGAGCAAUAGGAGACAAGUACCUAAAACCAAUUGUGACAUCGGAGCCUGAGGUUUCCUUUACAAAAAGAGACAAAGAUGAUGAGUGUUUAAUCCUUGCGAGUGAUGGCUUGUGGGAUGUCGUGUCAAGUGACUUGGCUUGUGAGGUAGCAUGCAAGUGUCUUCGAGAAGGGCGUUCUUCUGAUGGACCUCGGAUGGAAGAUGAUGAGGCUGGAGCAUUGUACCCAUCUCACAGUGCAUUAGCAGCUGCACUGCUCACCCGCCUUGCUUUAGGACGGAGAAGCUCCGAUAAUAUCAGUGUCAUAGUCAUUGAUCUGAAGAGAGGGGGCUAGUUGGGGGGACUUAAGGAUCAAUGGAGCCGAAAGCAAAAAGGAAAAGCAGGCUUUAAGAUUGGAACACAGUGUUGGCACAGGUUAAAUUGAAAUGGUAAAUAACUCAAAUGCUUGUUUUGAUUCGAAAUAAGAUCACAAGAGGCAACGGUGAAGGUGUGACAAACUGUGGUAUUGAAAAUUGACUUGGUUUUUGCAGCAUAAAUAUGUCGUCAAAGUUGUAAUGUGCUUUGAUAAAUUUCAUUUGAGAGUCCAGUUGGUUGCUUCAAUUUGAAAAACACAAAUAAGAUACUAGCUACAUCUUAAAUCUUCUUUAGAAAACUUUUGAGAAGUUGGCAAACUGCCAUGGGAAAUCAAAACAUUAUCAACAUAUGCAUGUUCAAAUCAACAUGUGGAUUUCUCCGAGGUAA